GUGCCAGUGUCCUCGCAUUUUCUACCCACAGCGCCAGGAUGGUUUACCGGCAGGUUGCUGUCCUCUCGAAAGCCGGAUGAAACAGAAUGUCAUCAGUCUAGGCCCAGUCGCACCUUGCCCGAUUCGUAGAAACCAAACUUUCUUCCGAUGCCUUCUCGGACAAUGUACAUUGUAAAUUGCUCUCCGCAACAGAGACAAGGUCAACCCAGUCAACAAUCGCAUUUCUCCACCACAUGCGCGGCGGGAAGUUAAGUGUUCCCAGUUGCCAGGAAUACAACCCACAUGAUACUCCUCCACUCACAAAGCUAGAAUGGGCCAUCUCGGACGCCGCGAUUACGUAGUGAUCCGCCGGAUCGUGGGUCAAUUUCCAACGUCGCCUCAAGUCGCCAGUUACGUCGUCCCCAGCCGGCCAGAAUCGCGUGUAGGAAAGCCAAGAGCCGGGGAAGCCAACCGCAUCAGUCCACGAUGUCAACAAUCCAUGCGCGAGCCCGGCCCGAGUCAGGGUGCAGAGCGGUUAGCUGAGCGCGUGCGUCCAUCGAUCCUCCCCCACGUCCCCAGUACUAGCAACGCCGCCCCGGCCGCGAGCGGUGUAUGGGCCGUAUUCGCCAGACCAGAAGACGGAGUGGCCACCUGUCAGCGCUCGAACCGGAGAAGUCGCCCGCAAGAGCCUCCAGGGCCUCAACGUCGAGACCGAGGCGUCCGAGUCUGGGAAGCUCUCGAGACAACAUUUGAACCCAUCCCUCGUCACCGAGGGGCAGAGACGACACGAAACAGAGCACGUGCCGACCGUUCGUCCGUCUGCCAGCUAAGGCCCCGCCCCCCUCCCUUGCCCGAAGAGAUCCUCGCCGAGAACCAGUUCGCAGUCAAAGCUCCCAGACGAAACCCCUCCUUGCCCGCCUGUCGCCUUUGUCAAUACUAG